AUGGCUGCUCGAAGUGCAUGUACUUUUCUGGAAGUAGUAAAUUUCAUUGCUGAAAGUUUUAUUUGGGGUUCAAGGCAAUACAUAUCUCUGUCAAGGGCAUUGGAGGAACAGCUUUCUGAGUGGUUUCAGGAUGGUUCUAUUGAGAUUGAAAGCAAUGAACAACUUCAAGAAUGGUUUGAGGACAAUAAAGACAAGGGGGAAGCUUGCAUUUCUGCUGAAAUAAAAAAUUUUGAAGGACCAUUGCAAUGCUCACCCACUAAGCGCAGGCUUCACCCUACUGUUAGGAGCCUUCCAAGUACUGCUCCUAUUGAUUUGGAUCCUUUCAUAGAUCAAAAACAGUGCACUCAGCCUACUCAGCCUACCAAGAAAGACAAGAAGGUGGAUAGUAAAGUCUCUUAUGAUGUACUGAGUGAUAGCAGUUAUGACUCUGAUUUGGCUGCAUCUUCUGAUUCUGAAUUAGAUACAUUUUCUGACUCUAAUUGCUCUGACAUUGAUUAUGAUCCUUCUCAUGAAAUGUUUGUUGAUGAUGACAAUGAUGAUGAACCUUUUUUCUCUUAUGAUGUUGAUGCUCCAAGUGUUGAUGUUGGUUGUAUUUUCCGUGAUGUGAAGGAGUGCAAAUCUGCGUUGACCCAACAUGCAAUCUUGAAUGACUAUGCUUAUCGUACUGUGAAGAAAGAUCUAGAGCGAUUUAGAGCUAAGUGCUUGAGAGCUAAUGAAACAGGCUGUCAGUGGACUUUCUUUGCAAAUACUAGCAAGGCAGGAAAAUAUGUUGGAUGCAAGGUGAAGCUGAACGGUCCGCCGCACAAUAGCAAGUGUGGUUCAGUGAAUCAUUGUGGUGACACAAUGGCAGGAAAAAACUGGGUUGCUGAUAGGGUUGUUGAGUUCUUACAAGAGGACCCAACAUUGUGUGCUAAGGAGUUGACAAAGAAGCUGAAGGCAAGGUAUGGUUUUGAGGUUCCUUACCAUAUGGUACACAGGGGCAAGGAGAAGGCUCUAGACAUGAUUUUUGGUAAGUGGGAUGACAGUUAUGACUUGCUGCCCACAUAUAGAGUUGAGCUACUAAAAUCAGCCCCAGGAAGCAUUGUUGAGAUGGAUGCUGAAGUUCAUGGAGGCAAUGUCUGUUUUAGGAGAUUCUUUGUGGCACUGAAACCUUGCAUUGAUGGUUUCCUUGAAGGAUGCAGACCCUAUAUUGCUAUAGAUGCUACCCAUUUGACAGGAAGGUCUAGAGGUCAAUUGGCAUCUGCUGUUGCUAUAGAUGGAAAUAAUAGCCUUUUUCCAGUUGCCUAUGGUGUCAUUGAGACUGAAUCCACUGAAAGUUGGACUUGGUUCAUCCAGAACAUGAAGGCUGCUAUUGGUACACCUACAGGUUUGGCUAUCAGCACAGAUGCAUGCAAAGGACUAGGUGAGGCUGUGAAGGAUGUAUACCCAGGUGUUGAACAUAGAGAAUGUAUGAGACAUUUGUGGAAGAAUUUCAAGAAGCAUUACUCUGGUGAUGUGUUCACUUAUAACAUGUGGCCGGCUGCCAAGGCUUGCACUCUAGAGAAGUACAAUUGGCACAUGGCAAGAAUCAUGGAAAAGAGUCCAGCAGCAAUUGCUUACUUGGAUGAGCAUCAUCCAUACUUGUGGACUAGAAGCAAGUUUUCAAAUUACUGCAAGGUAGACUACAUCAAUAAUAAUAUCUCUGAAUCUUUCAACAACUGGAUUAGAAAUUGUAAAGACUUGCAGAUUCUAGAGAUGAUUGAUAUGAUUAGGCAGAAGAUCAUAUCCAAAUUUGAAGUUUGCAGGAAAAUUGCUAUGUCAUUGGAGGGCCCCAUAAUCCCUACAAUAACAAAAGAUCUAAUUGAUGAAAGCAAAGCUAUCAAGGGAUAUGAGGUCUUGAAAUGUGGGAACAACACAGCUGAAGUUACUGCACCAACAUCAUCAGGAUCAGCUUACAGGUAUGCAGUUAAUUUGGAGCAGAAGACAUGCAGUUGUAAGUUGUGGCAAGUGAGUGGAAAGCCAUGUAAACAUGCUCUGGCUUUCAUAGCAAAGAUUAGUAGAGAUGUGCAAAUGGAUGAAUUUGUCCAUGAUUACUACUCUGUUGAGAAGCUGAGAAAGGCAUAUGCACCUGUGUUCAAUCCAAUGCCAUCAAAGCAUUUUUGGCCACGUGUUGAUCCUGGAUACAAAAUCCAUAAACCUAAGUUGAGAAGAAAGCCUGGCAGGCCUAGGAAAAGUAGGAUUAAGGCAUCAGAUGAACCAGGUGCUAGGAAAAGAAAGAGGUGCUCUGAAUGUGGUGAAGAAGGACAUACAGCAAAGAAGUGCCAAGGGGGGCCGACUGCAAGGGAGCAAAAGAUGAGAGCAACACAUGGUAAUGCAUCUGAGGUGGAGAGCAAUGACCCUAAUACUACCGGUUCAUCCAAGUAA